GACCGGUUUAACUCUUUAUUUUUCAAGUGCAGACGGAGUACAUGUGAAAAUCUCAUACAACGACAUUUCGACACUAGACACUGUGACAUUGCGGUAGGCUUUCAAGAUGGCUUCAGUUCAAGAAAUACCCAAAACGAUGAAAGCACUGAUAAAGGAAACGGAAACAGAAUCGUACAUUUACAAAGAAAUGCCAGUUCCGGAGCCGGAGGGAGAUGAAGUUUUAAUAAAGGUCGACGUAGUUUCUAUUUGCGGCUCCGAUAUAUCUCUGUAUAAAUGGAGCGACAUGGCUCGUGUCAUAGCAACCGUUCCUUUUAUUCCAGGGCACGAGACCGCAGGCACUGUCGUGAAAUGUGGUCCCGAUGCCACAUUAAAAAUUGGUACACGUGUUGGAGUCGAGAAUCAUUUCUUUUGUGGAGAUUGCUAUCAGUGUAAUAAUGGACUGAAGGAGAUCUGCUUCAAUAUGGGUCAAUAUGGACAUGGCAGGAAGACGAUGCAUGGAGGGUGUUCAGAAUAUUCCAUCGUAUCACAGAAAUACCUAUACGUUAUAACAAAGAAUUUAAAUGCAGAGGAGAUAACUAUGUUAGAACCGCUAGGUGUUGCUCAUAAUGGAAUAGAAAGGUUAAAGGUUAAGGACGAAGAUGUAUUGGUCAUCGGAUGCGGACCCGUAGGAUUGCUCGCACAACGGGUAGCAAAGGUGAUGGGGGCAAAAAGGGUAAUCGGGGUUGAUAUUGAAGAGUGGAAGUUGAAGUUAGCAAAGGACAUUGGUACUGAUAUAGUGAUCAACACAAAAGAGAAGGAUUUAAAAGAGGCAAUGAUGGAAAUGACUUCCGGUUCCGGUAUAGGACGUAUUUGUGAGUGCAGCGGAAAUGCUGGAAUGCUUAACUCAUGUUUUUCGUAUUUGCGGAAAGGUGGCCGAGUGGUGCUUAUUGGAUUACCGAAACAGCCGAUCCAUGUUGAACACCCGCUUCCGGAUAUAAUGUUCAAAUGUUUGACGAUAAAGACAGUGCACGGUCGUCGGAUCUAUCACACGUGGGAAGCACUGGAGAAAAUGGUUGCCGACAAGUCUGUUGACGUGGAUAAAGUGAUUACACACCGCUUCCCGAUGUCCAAAUACGAGGAUGCGUUCAAAACCCUGUUUAGUGGUGCUGCGUGCAAAAUAGUUAUGGACCCUUCCAAAUAAAUCAUCUAUUAAAUAGACGACUUUGUAUUCGAGACAAGCAACGAGCGCCAUAUAAUUUUACCCUAACAGAAUCACUGAUUUAUCUACUGUAAAAAAAACAGAUUUUGCCAAUUAAUAAACUAUACUUCCUAAUGGAGUAAAAAUUGUAAUAUUUCAAAAAGUGCAAUAAGAAAUAAAGAAUUUUCAAUUGUAAA